UAUGCGAUGGACGGCUGACAGGAGGAGGGCACCAUCGGUCUCUCUGGAACGCAGGCUGGUCCACGACUCCUAUCCCCUCGCCGCUCGCUCUCUUCUCUACUCUUGCCGACGCCGCCGCCUCCCCGCGGAUCCCCGUCGUCGGAUCCCUCCGGCGCCUCCCAACCCCACCAGCCGCCGCCUUCCCGGUAGAGCUGACACGCCCCCUCCGCUCCCGGCCUCGCCGUCCCUGUCGAGCAGAGCCAGGUACAGAUUGGUUUUGUGAUGGCCGGCUCCGAGGGCGUGAGGGGUUUGGCAGCAUCAGUGGGAGAGCUACACAUGGAGGCAUCACCAUCGCGGGAGGAAGGAACCAAUGGGCAUGGCAACGGUGAUGCUGCUGCUGCGGACGAUGAUGUCUGGGGUGAUGCCUCAGAUUCUCCAGGGCAUGAUUCUGACUUGAAAAGAGAAUGGGAGCACAGGCAGGAGCAGUUUCAUAAGAUGGGCUAUAGGGAUGGUAUAACCGAAGGGCAGAAGGAUGUUGCCCAAGAGGGGUUCAACCUUGGGCAUAGGCAAUCUGCGGAUGUCGCAUUCAAGUGGGGUCUCGUUCGGGGGAUUACUAGUGCAUUAGCUAGUCUUCCCGACAGGUUAAAAGAAAAGUUGCUGCUCGACGCCCAGCGUAGAGGAAAACUUGAAGAUUUGCACAACUCUGUGCAAGAAAUUUCAGCACAGGGUGCCCUGCAGCUGUUUCAUGAGAGUACUCUUCAGGAUAAUCGUCGACCAGAGGAAAGCAAGAUCCAAACUAUUCCAAAGGACCUUCUGCUUUUGUUGCAGGAAUGCCCAGAUGUGCAUGUUAGUGAAGAGUUGAAACGAGUUCCGUAAGCAAGUUUGUAAAUGUAAUUGCAAGCACCACUUGUUUCGAAGUCUUGCCGGAUCGCUUAGACUGAGUUCUUCUGAAGGAUGUAACUGUAAAUCCUGUGAUACUAAGAUUUUCUCUAUGGUGUCACCCUUUCUUUGCUCUGAACACCUGUAAAUUCGCAGUAUGAAUGACAACAAUAAUAUCUCAUGAGUUUGGCA